AAAUCACCACCCACCGUGCAGAGUAUGUAUCGAGGACUAUCCUCUCAGCAACCCCGAAUUCGUAAUAAAAAUCGAGAUUAUACUGUUAUUGGAGUAGAAGUAGAUAAACAUCUGAGAAAUUUCGGACCAUCCACUGGAUUCGGGAAUCACAGAUUUGUUGAAAUUAUCGCCUAUGGGAGCGAAAAUAUGCGUUUAAUUGGCUUAUCAAAAUAUAGAAAACAGACAACGUGUCAUUUCACGUUUUAUAAAGCUGAGAUUCCCGCAAAAUAUUGGAUAGAGCUUGAAAAAGGCCUACCAAAGAACAGUCAAGGAUGGCCAGCCGAGAAUGGGAUUUUAAUUUCGCUGAAUCAGAGGGAAGAAGGACGGUACUGGAAGCAUUAA